AUGAAACAAAGAAAAGACUUGAACAGAAUUUUGAGACUUCAACUAGCUAUUAUCAACGAUGAGUCUUCUGCACCAAUUCUACACUUUCCAGAGAGAGUAGGCAAAAAUAGAAAAAAUAAAAGACAAAGACAAACUGUUUCAUACAAGAUUAAUGAAAUGGCUGAUUGCUUUGACACUUCUGUUGAGCUUAAAAAUAUGCUGAAUCAAGGGUAAAUUGAGUAUCAGGGAUAUUAGAAGCCAAAGAAUAAUCUAUAUGACUCAUUUGAAAGCUAUAAGUAGAAUUAGAAUGAUCAACAUAAUCAAUCUGGGAUGAAUAGCAGGAAAUCUUCUAACAGCAAACUUAGCUUCUGUAAUCAAUCAUUUUCCUUGAUGAUCCUUCAUGAUAUAGGUACAGCAAAUGAUUUGAAAUCGCAAAACUCAGAUCCUGAAGGAUAAUGUGGCCUUUAAGAUCUUCUUGAUGUCCCUAAAAAUAUUAUCAAUGAACACGAAACUGAUUAUGUUUUCACCAAGCAAUUUCUGAUAGAUUUUAUCAAUGAUUUAGAGAAAGAUUAAGCUGGGCUUUAGCAGAAACUGGAUGCUAAUAAUACACGAGUUUGGACGAAAACAGGCUCUAAAUAUGAUAAAUCUAAUCCCUUUAUAAAAUGCGAGUGGACUUUCAAUGAGACUAAUGAUCCUCGCGAUUAUAUGGAUUUCAAUAAGAGACUCAAAUGGGAUGAUGGACUAGCAGAAUACAGUGAACUUUUAAAGGCAAAUAAAAAUGUCCAAGUUGUUUAUGUAGUCAGCAAGGCGCCAUUAAACUUCAAAAACAGAGAUUUCCUAGAUAAAAGAAUAUUCUUCAAGCAUGAAGGUGCUUAUUACAUCUAUAUCACAUCUGCUCCAGACUCUGUGAAACCACCCACCAAUUAAAACUAAAGAGCGAAAAGUGUUGUAGGAUGCUUUAAGAUUAUGUAAACACCUGAUAAAAAGGGUGUUAAAAUGAUGGGUGCUUUAUAAACUGAUUUAAAGAUUGGCUUUGGGUUGAAUAUGGUGGCUGCUUUAUUGCCUAAGGCUAUGAAUGAGUGGGGUGACAAAAUUCGUAAAUUUUUGCUCACUAAUGAUUCAAAACAUCAUCAUCAGUGA